CCCAGUAUAAGCCAAACCAAUCCAUAGAGGAGGAAGAGGAGGACCAGGUGGUGGCACACCUAAGCUUUGUGCAGUGCCAUUCACGCACCUGCAGCUUCCAGCUUUGCCACAUGGACCAGCCGGCGCCGGCGCCGGAGCCGAUGCUGCUCGACGCGCAGCCGCCCGCCGCCGUCGCCUGCGACAAGAAGCAGCAGGAGGGGGAGGCGCCGUACGCGGAGGGGAAUGACGCGGUGACCGGGCACAUCAUCUCCACCACCAUCGGGGGCAAGAACGGCGAGCCCAAGAGGACAAUUAGCUACAUGGCGGAGCGCGUUGUGGGCACUGGUUCUUUCGGUAUCGUCUUUCAGGCUAAAUGCUUGGAGACAGGAGAGACUGUUGCCAUUAAGAAGGUAUUGCAGGACCGACGGUACAAGAACCGUGAGCUUCAGCUUAUGCGCGCCAUGGACCACCCCAAUGUCAUCUCCCUGAAGCAUUGCUUCUUCUCAACCACAAGUAGGGAUGAGCUGUUCCUCAAUCUUGUCAUGGAAUAUGUUCCAGAAACACUCUACCGUGUGCUUAAGCACUACAGCAAUGCCAACCACCGGAUGCCACUUAUCUACGUCAAGCUUUACAUGUAUCAGUUAUUUAGGGGGCUUGCGUACAUUCAUACUGUUCCAGGGGUCUGUCAUAGGGAUGUGAAGCCACAAAAUGUUUUGGUGGAUCCUCUAACUCAUCAAGUCAAGCUCUGUGACUUUGGGAGCGCAAAAACACUGGUCCCAGGUGAACCCAAUAUAUCAUAUAUAUGCUCACGCUACUACCGAGCACCGGAGCUCAUAUUUGGUGCAACUGAAUAUACUACAUCAAUAGAUAUAUGGUCAGCUGGGUGUGUUCUUGCAGAGCUACUCCUUGGUCAGCCAUUGUUUCCAGGGGAGAGUGCAGUCGAUCAGCUUGUAGAGAUAAUUAAGGUUCUUGGUACACCAACCCGUGAGGAAAUACGUUGCAUGAACCCGAACUAUACAGAGUUUAGGUUUCCACAGAUAAAAGCUCACCCUUGGCACAAGGUUUUCCACAAGAGGAUGCCUCCUGAAGCAAUAGACCUCGCUUCACGCCUUCUUCAAUAUUCACCGAGUCUCCGCUGCACUGCUCUUGAUGCAUGUGCACAUCCUUUCUUUGAUGAGCUGCGAGAGCCGAAUGCACGCUUGCCAAACGGACGUCCAUUUCCACCACUAUUCAACUUCAAACACGAACUAGCAAAUUCUUCUCAAGAGCUCAUCAGCAGGCUCAUACCAGAACAUGUUCGACGGCAAGCUACCCACAACUUCUUCAAUACUGGGAGCUAAAAAUGCUAAAUGCACACCACCAGACCUUUUGUUGGAUCGUUUUCGCGGAACCGGUGAAGUUCACAUGAAGGCUGAGUCAGAUGAUUCUUCGAAUCCCCGCAAAACAAGAAGAAUAGAAAAUAUGAUUCCUCAGAUGAUGAUAUGCAAAUGCUUCGUUGGAAGUUCAAUUCAAUCAUCGAAGAAGAACAACAUUGUAAAUCGAGAAGUUUUUGCAUCGCGAGUUUGGUAGUGAAACCGGGAUCAGCUGGUAUGACGGAGGAAACCGAAAUGUUUAGAUCCAUGACUGAGUUUUCUUUCAUUUUUUUUGCCCAAUUGUAACAGAAGAAUAUAGUUCCCUAAUGUAGGCGUAGUUGUAACCUGUAAACUGCCACUGUUUUGUUCACAUUCCAUGAUGUAAAUGCCACCAUGCCUCUGAUGAAUAACUCUCCUUGUAACCUUGUUCCUUCCAUCCUUGACUGUUUACCUUAAAGCCGUGGACAGUGUACACUGUACAUGUACCGUGCUACACGGAAGGACAUAUUUGAAUU